AUGGACCGGAUCACUCGAGUGCAUGCACAGCUGAGUGCUGCAACAACUGACGCCUCAACCCGCGACGUGUUUGUGUCACCAAUACCUACUGACUGUCCACAGUCGAUCUACGACACGGUGCUCUCGCCAUCUGCAAUCGCUUUCGUGGCAGACUUGGCUGCUGCGUUUCACCACGAGGUUCAACAGCUGCACACGAGACGUGGAGCGCGACGUCUUGCAACGGAGCGACAUGGCGCAAUGCCACAUUUUCUCGAGGAAACUCGAUUGAUACGUCAAGAUGAGACGUGGCAAAUCGAUGCUCAAGUUGAAGAACUUUUGGAUCGACGGGUGGAUAUUGGAGACGUGUCUCCUGCUGACGGAGACUUGCUGCUCCAGGCACUCAACUCUGGAGCUCAGGGUGUCCAAGUCGACUUUGAUGACGGACAUUGUCCAACGUGGUACAACACGAUUCAGGGCCAUUUUAAUGUCAUGCAAGCUGCUCGGGGUGUGCUGGACGUAUCGGGGAAAACGACUGUUGAAAAUGCGGCACUUUUGGUUGUUCGUCCACGAGCGUGGAAUAUGGACGAGUCGCACAUGAUCGUGAAUGGACACGUUGUGCCUGGCGCGUUGUUUGAUUUCGGAGUGCAUCUGUUCCAGAACGGCAAACAUCUUUAUAAGAAGGGAACAGGGCCAUUCUUGUAUCUUUCGAAGCUGGAAGGAUACACGGAAGCUGCUUUAUGGAGGAAAAUCUUCGAGUACACGGAGACGAAACUCGAACUCGCACAUGGAAGCAUCAAGGCAACGGUGCUGAUUGAAAACAUCUUUGCAGCAUUUGAGAUGGAUGAGAUCCUCUUCGAGCUCCGUCACCAUUCGUCCGGCCUAAACUGCGGGAUGUGGGACUACACGGCGUCUAUUGUGACCAAUUUCCGUCAUCGGCCCGAGUUUGUUUUGCCGGACCGUCAGCAGUACGUGUCGAUGAAGUCUGAUUUCCUCAGACACUACAUGGAUCUGCUGAUACACACGUGCAAACGUCGGCAUGCACCGGCAACUACUGGUAUGGUGCCGUUCGUGCUUGCGGAGUUGCCGUGCUCACUAUCUCGGCAUGAAGCAAUUGGAAAAGCAAUAGCAGCAAAGAGAAUAGAGGCUUUAGCUGGAUCGGAUGGUGCGCUAGUGUUCGAUCCGGCUCUGGUUCAGCCUGUGGCCGAAGUAUUCUCGGCAGCGCGUACAGACACCAACACAAAUAGUGCUGCUCUUGAUGAAGCAUUGCUCAGCGAAAAGCUACUGACGCUGCCACGUGGGAGUGUAACGCUACAUUCUGUGGAGGUGAAUGUGCGUGUAGCACUUUUGUUUGUGCUUCACUGGCUGUGCGGGCGCGGCACUGUUGUCAUAGAUGGAUGUGUCGAAGAUUCCGCCACGGCCGAAAUAUCGCGGGCCCAGUUGUGGCAAUGGGUCUAUCAUCGUGUGCCAAUUUCAGGGACUUCGAGACAAGUAAAUCCCUUUCUCAUCGAGGAAAUGCUGCAGAACGUACUUCGUGAAGAGCAUCGAAAGCAACAUCCACCUCAUUGUAUCCUAGCAGCACAACAGCUCGUAUUUCUCCUGUCAACGAUGCGGUUCCCUCCUGCUUUUAUCACGACGUUUCUUCAAGAGCAAAUUGCCUGCACGAAGAACCGCAAGCAGUGGCCGCUCUUGUGUAACCGCAAACGCAAUUGA